GACCACGUCGCAUUACGUCCGCUCCCCGGUAUGCCUCAAGUCAAUAUGUUCACCAAGCGCACGGCACAAUCACCAUAACCUUAAGCAAACACCAAACUUCCAAUACCACCCAAAAGAAAGGGGAAAAAAAACGUUUAAGCUUUGAAAUCAAGAUUAACUCCGUUAAUUUUCCUUUUUUAUAAUACUCAAUCAUUUCAAAGCUCAACCACCAUCACCAUAACCCAUAGUUCAUUACUAAGCUCAAAAACCUCCCGUAAUUGAAUUUGACCGUUGUAGACUUUCUGAUAAGGCCGUGUUUGGUUGUGUGGAGUCACCUUUCUGAUAAGGUUGUGUUUGGGAAAUUCGGUUAGGGUUUUGAUGGCUCAAUCGAUGAGCAGAGGAGGGGGGAGGAGUGUGGUAGGGAACUAUGUAGUGGGGAAGCAAAUCGGCGCCGGCUCUUUCUCGACGGUGUGGCAUGCUCGGCACCGAGCUCACGGAACCGAAGUGGCUAUUAAAGAGAUCGUCACGGCUCGGCUUAAUAAUAAGCUUCAGGAUAGUCUCAAGUCCGAAAUUGUAAUUUUGCAGAAGAUCAAUCAUCCUAAUAUCAUUCGCCUCCACGACAUGAUCGAGGAGGUGGGAAAAAUAUACAUUAUUUUGGAGUACUGCAAAGGAGGUGAUCUUUCUAUGUACAUUCAACAACAACAAGGGAGAAUUCCAGAAGCAACUGCAAAACAUUUUAUGCAGCAACUUGCAUCUGGUUUAAAAAUCCUCCGUGAUAACAAUCUAAUACAUAGGGAUCUAAAGCCUCAGAAUCUCCUCUUAUCCUCAAACGAUGAAUGCUCCACCUUGAAGAUUGCUGAUUUUGGGUUUGCAAGGUCUUUGCAGCCCAGGGGCCUUGCUGAAACACUAUGUGGUUCACCAUUGUACAUGGCUCCAGAAAUAAUGCAACUUCAAAAGUAUGAUGCAAAGGCAGAUCUCUGGAGCGUUGGUGCCAUCCUGUUUCAGCUUGUAACAGGCAAAACACCGUUUACUGGAAACAAUCAAAUCCAGUUGCUCCAGAACAUAUUAAAGUCCACCGAAUUGCUGUUUCCUCCAAAUGCAAAAAAUUUAAGUGCUAACUGCGUAGAUUUGUGUAAAAAAUUGCUGCGCCGUAAUCCAGUGGAGCGGUUGACAUUUGAAGAGUUCUUUAACCACCCAUUUCUUGCAGAGAAGCAGCCAGAUGAACUGUCUUGGGAUAGGAGACCUCAAAGGGUAAUCGGUGGUUUUCCUAUAUCAGAAGGCUAUCCUGUGAGAAGCAGAGAGGAUACUUUUCAAGAAGAUGGUUUACCCUUUAGUCUAGAUGAUGAUUCCAGUGUUCCUGAUGGUAGUCCUUCAUUUGCUGGGAGAUUACCACAGAGGUUGUCACAUGGAUUUUCUUAUGAUUCAAAAACUGAGAGGAAAGAAGGUUCUAGUAAUACCCCACGCAAAACAGAUAGUAUUGGCUCGAGCCACAGACAUUCAGAAGGGAACCUGAGGGAAUCUAUUAAUUUGAAGGACCAUAGGCAAGCAACUACUCGUUCAAAAGGUUCUGUUUUGCAACGCUCUUUCCAAUUUCCUUUUNUGCUGAAAUUUGAAAUUAUCUUCUCGCACUACCAGUUCAACAACAGCCUUGCUACUGUUUACACCAUUGAUUUGGUUACCCCCCGU